AUGUUCUGUCUACGGAGUUGGCUCCCCCUCCUCUUCAUCCCGACGAACGCCUCGCCCAUCUUCAUCUUCCUCUUCUUCAUCUGCACGUACUUCCUCAACCGGCCCUGCAUCUACUGCUCCUUCCUGCUCCUGAUCCUAUUCGCCUCGUCGUGUCACUGGUCCGACCACUGCUUCUUCGACUUCAGCAGCAACUGGUUUGAGCCCAGGUCCUUGGCACCGACGCCGCUGUCCCCGGAGCCGCCGGCCAACUCAUCGCUGCCGGACCCGACCCUCGAGGAACUCUCGACCUACGUAGGCGCGCUGAACAACACCGCGGCCGCGCUGGCGGGGAUGGCGCUGGAAGAGAUAAAGCGCCGGCUGGCGAUGCGGACUGAGUGGACCGGCAUCGGCGUCGAGUGGCUGCGGAGUCUUCUAGGAAAGAGGGAAUGGCGACUGCCGUGCGUGGAUGUCUACAUACGGCUCUAA